AUGAGGCGUUCGUGGAUCAGUUUGAAUCGACUACUGAGGAUUCAUUAUAGAAGUUUUGCAAUUAAUCACAGAGUUAACGUUGAGCCCAUUACAGAGCUGCUAUCUCUUAAGGGGACACUGCGGGAUAAAGUAAGUGUCAGUGACCGUGGAAGUGACCAUGGAAGUGAUUGUGGAAGUGACCCACUUAAGGAUCAAGCGUGUCAUAAUGACUUGGUCAAGGUAAAUACGCGUUUACAGAUUGGGACAAAGGUUCUAAAUAAAGAUGAGCUUUACAAAGAAAUUCAACAACCACUACAACAAGUCCUCAACAAGAUAAAUUCUCAUUCUUUUACUUACCCUUAUAAGUUUCUCAACCAUGAUACUAGGACUCAGCUACGAAAUUUUGAAAAAUUUUCUCAAAAUCUCAAGCGUUCAAUAAAGAAGGAAAUCGAUUUUGAUAUUGAUAAGUUGACGAUUUGUGAUUUUAUCAACCCCAAUGAAACUUUGCUUCCGAGACUAAUUUGUCUGAUAUACUAUAAUGUCUUCCCAACACAACUAUUGACCUACUACAAUCUACAAAAUAAGCAAGAGUUGCUUCUGCAUUUGAUUACCCAUACAUUCCACAAGUUCGACGAGGUGCAUAAGAUUGAAACAACUAAAUUUGAAAGCUCGAAAAUUGAUUUUUCUAAUCCAGCACGAUGGUACCCGGAAGCAAGAAAAAUGAAACGUAAGAUCAUAAUGCAUGUUGGUCCAACAAACAGCGGUAAGACAUAUCAAUCAUUACAAAAAUUGGCAAAUUCCACUUCAGGGUACUAUGCUGGACCAUUACGACUUUUAGCACGUGAGAUUUGGAGUAGGUUUAAUAAGCAAGGAAUAGGGUGCAGUUUGAUAACGGGGGAAGAAGUAAUACCGUCUGUUGAUGAAUAUGGACAUAUUAGUCAAAUAGCCUCGGGAACAAUUGAAAUGGUACCUUUGCAUAAGAAAAUGGAUAUUUGUGUUAUAGACGAAAUACAAAUGAUUGCCGAUAAAGAUAGAGGGUCAAUAUGGACAAAUGCGGUUCUUGGUGUACUAGCACACGAGAUUCAUUUGUGUGGUGAAGAAAGCGCAGUGCCAUUAAUUGAAAAAUUGGUAAAAGUGACUGGCGACGAAUUAUCGGUCAAGAGAUUUGAAAGAUUGGGUAAGUUGACGGUGGAAAAGAAAGCAGUUGAUUUGAAGUCGUUGAAAAAGGGUGAUUGUUUAGUUUCAUUUUCCAAGAGAAAGAUCUUGGAGUACAAGUCGAAAUUAGAAAAGGAAACUAAACUAAAAGUGGGUAUUGUUUAUGGUGCUCUACCGCCGGAAAUUCGAUCUCAAGAGGCUGAAAAAUUCAAUAAUGGCGAAUAUGACGUUUUGGUUGCAUCAGAUGCUAUUGGUAUGGGACUAAACUUGAAAAUCAAUAGAGUAGUUUUUUCAACUUGCAACAAAUUCAAUGGCAAUGAGAUGGAGAAUUUAAGCAUAUCCCAGGUCAAGCAAAUUGCAGGCCGAGCCGGAAGGUAUAGUGGGCAAAAAGGAGCACUGGAAGGUUUUGUCACAGCUUUGAAUCGAGCAACGCUAGUUUUUGUUAAAGAGGCACUUCAAGAGCCAAUUAUUCCCUUGGAAAAAGCGUGUGUUUGGCCAACAAUGAUUAUUUGGAAACACUACAUGGCAAGUCAUUCAACAAACAUUUCACUUUCAAAAACAUUGGAGAAUUUUUAUAAGAACAAUUUCAACUUACAAUCGGACAAGUAUUUUAUUGCCGACUCUGAAAGUCGACUAGUUAUUUUGGAUCUUAUUUCAGGAGAUAAGAAACUAAGCAAAAUGACAAUAGAUGAUCAAUUCACUCUUAGUGAUGCGCCCAUUAGCUUUCGUGGCUCUAGAAACGAAGAAUUAACUACACCUGUAACAAAAGCGUUUUUUGAAAAUAUCGUUGAAAGAAAGUCCAAAACCUUGUUUGACUUUGAUUUUCUCAAAGACGAAUCCAUUAUCAAGGUAUUAACGCUGAAGCCAAUUAUGGGUAGUUUUCACCAACCUAUGCAAAAUGUCGAGAUUUUGGAAGCAUUACAUAAAUUGGUAUUGCUAUAUAUGUGGUUAAGUCAACGAUUUCCGACACUCUUUAUAGGUGGACAAUCAUCGCUUGAAAUGAAACUUCUUGUUGAAAGAAGACUCUCUGAAGAGUUGAUUGUGAUGAGAAGAAUGAACAUGCUACACAAAAAGCGGUAUUCCUAG